AUGUGCGGCCGCGUUCAAACCCAUGCAGGCGCUGAGCUUUCUUGUUUGUUGAGGGCGGAGCUAAUGGCCGGGAAGUGUUGUUAGCGCGCGCCUUCCGGAUCGCGGCGCUCGCGGCCGUCGCCUUCGACUUUGGGGUGUUGCUUGGCCGCCGCCUGGCAGUCUGGCGGUUCAUUUCUUGCUCGGUCUCCUGGAGUUGUGGUCCGUGUGGGCUUCCACCUCAGACCCCUGCGCUGGCUCAGCUGGGCCGGAACAUGGCUGCGUCGGGUCUGGAUCAUCUCAAAAAUGGCUACAGAAGAAGAUUUUGUCGACCUUCCAGGGCACGUGACAUUAACACACAGCAAGGCCAGAAUGUUCUGGAAAUCUUACAAGACUGUUUUGAAGAACAAAGUCUUGCCAAUGAUUUUGGUACAAAUUCUACAAAAUCAGUGCUUUAUUCCACACACAAAAUAAAAGACACUUGUAUUCAGUCACGAAGCAAAGAGUGCCAGAAAUCACAUCCAAAGUCAGUUCCAGUUUCUUCAAGGAAGAAAGAAGCCUCUCUGCAGUUUGUUGUAGAACCAAGUGAAGCCUCCAACAGAUCAGUUCAGGCCCAUGAAGUUCGUCAGAAAAUUCUGGCAACUGAUGUUAGUUCCAGAAAUACAUCUGACUCGAAAAAAAUAUCAAGUAGAAACGUAAAUGAUUAUCACAGUGAUGCUGAUGAAGAAUUUUACUUAUCUGUUGGCUCACCUUCUGUUCUUUUGGAUGCAAAAACAUCUGUAUCGCAAAAUGUUAUUCCAUCUAGUGCCCAAAAGAGAGAGACUUACACUUUUGAAAAUUCAGUAAAUAUACUGCCUUCAAGUACAGAGGUUUCACUUAAAACCAAAAAAAGGUUAAACUUUGAAGAUAAAGUUAUGUUAAAGAAAAUAGAAAUAGAUAAUAAAGUAUCAGAUGAAGAGUGUAAAACAUCAGAAGGACAAGAAAGAAAACCAUCAGGAUCAUCUCAGAGUAUAACACGAGAUUCAGAAUAUGAAAUUCAACGAAAAGCUAAAAAAAGUUUUUCAACAUUGUUUUUAGAAACAGUAAAACGAAAAAGUAAAUCCAGUCCCGUUGUUAGGCAUGCGACAACUGCUCCACUUCAUUCGUGUCCUCCCGAUGAUAAGAAGGUGAUAGAGGAUGAAUUUAUAAUUGAUGAAUCAGAUCAAAGUUUUGCCAGUAGAUCUUGGAUUACAAUACCAAGAAAGGCAAGGCCUCUGAAACAACGCCCAAUAUCUCCAGCUGAGAGCACUGCACUGCUUCAAACUAGAAAGUCAAGAGAAAGGCGUCAUAAUAUAUUACCUAAGACUUUGGCAAAUGGCAAACAUUCUCAUGAACCUCACCCAGUAGAAACAUCUCAGUCCUCUGAUAAAACAGUACUGGAUACAAGUUACGCUUUGACAGGUGAAACGGAAAAUGAUUGUAGAUCUACAAAAUAUGAAAUGUGUUCCAAGGAUGCAGAAAAAUCAUCUAGAAGCAAAAGGACUAUAAAACAAAAACAGAGAAGAAAAUUUAAGGCUAAACCAGCUGAAGAACAGCUUGAUGUGGGACAGUCUAAAGAUGAAAACAUACGUAUGUCACAUACUACCCAAGACAAAUUUCAAAGAAACACAGACAGAAAUAUGGAAGAGCGUGAAGAGAUAGGAAAUGAUUGUGUUUCCAAAAAACAGAUGUCACCUGUGGGAAGCAAGAAAAGUAGCGCUAGAAAAGAUAAGGGAGAAGCUAAAAAGAAGCACUUCUCCAGUGAGUCCAAGAACAAACUUGUGCCUGAAGAAGUGAUUUCAACUUUCACGAGAAGUCGAAGAAUUUCCAGGCGUCCAUCUGAUUGGUGGGUGGUAAAAUCAGAGGAGAGUCCUGUUUAUAGCAAUUCUUCAAUAAGAAAUGAAUUACCAGUGCAUCGCAACAGUAGACAAAAAUCUGCUAAGAAAACAAAUCAGUCAUCUAAGAAUAUUGGAGAAAAAACUAUUCCACUUAAAAGGCAGAAGACAGCAACUAAAGGCAGCCAAAGAGUACAGAAGUUUUUAAAUGCUAAAGGUUCUGGAGGUACCGUUGGUCAUGAUGAAAUUUCCAGUUGUUUGCUGAGUGAGCCACUGGAAAGUGAUGAGGAAGACUUGGCUAAGAAGAAAAAUCUUGAUUGUUCUAGAUCUGCAAGAAGCUCAAACAAUGAAGAUAAUGUUAUGACUGCACAGCAUGUUCCCCUAAAGCCUCAGACGAGUGGAUAUACAUAUAACACACCAACAGAAUCAAGCUUGGAUUCUGGAGAGCGUAAGACUUUAGUUUUAGAGGAAAGUGGACCUUCCAGGCUCAAUAAUAAUUAUUUGAUGUCUGGAAAGAAUAAUAAUGAUGUGCAUGAGGAGGAAGUUCAUGGAAGUUCAGAUGACUCAAAACGAUCUAAAGUGAUACCAAAGAACAGAAUCCAUCAUAAACUAGUAUUGCCCUCCAACACACCAAAUGUUCGCAGGACCAAGAGAACACGUUUGAAACCUUUGGAGUACUGGCGAGGAGAGCGAAUAGAUUAUCAAGGAAGGCCAUCAGGAGGAUUCGUGAUUGGUGGAAUACUGUCUCCAGACACAAUGUCGUCUAAAAGGAAGGCAAAAGAAAAUGGAAAAGUCGACAAAAAGUCUAAUAAGAAAAGGAUCUGUCUUGAUAACGAUGAAAGAAAGACUAGCUUAAUGGUAAAUCUAGAUAUACCUCUUGGAGAUCCUUUGCAGCCAACGAGGGUAAAGGACCCAGAAACAAGAGAGAUUAUUCUCAUGGAUCUUGUAAGGCCACAAGAUACAUAUCAAUUUUUUGUUAAGCAUGGUGAGUUGAAGGUAUAUAAGACAUUGGACACACCCUUUUUUUCUACUGGGAAAUUGAUAUUAGGACCACAAGAAGAAAAGGGAAAGCAGCAUGUUGGCCAAGAUAUAUUGGUUUUUUAUGUUAACUUUGGUGACCUUUUGUGUACUUUACACGAAACACCUUAUAUAAUAAGUACUGGGGAUUCGUUCUAUGUUCCUUCAGGUAACUAUUAUAACAUCAAAAAUCUCCUGAAUGAGGAAAGUGUUCUUCUUUUUACUCAGAUAAAAAGAUGAAAGAUCAACCAAGCUUAAAUAUGUGUGUAUAUAUAUGUAUAUGUGAAAACCAGUUUGUAUAGUUGGGACAUUUGUCUUUGUAAUUACUUGUGAUGUUUUAAAAUAAAAAUUUUAUUCAUUUUUGUGUA